AUGGAACAACCGGAACUACCCCCGGCCGAAGACAACCAAUGGGAUGGUGUCGAGGGUACCAUCGAAGAUCCUGAAGAGAUCCGAGUCAUAUUCUGCGCACUCGAUUCUUUCAGCCAGUACGCCAAGACAGCUCACCUGAACUGUACGCAUCUACGCAGACAGGCCUUCUAUGCUCUUCCGCAAGCUCACUGGCAAAUGCUAGCCAAGCCCCCGUUCUCAUAUCUGGACACACUGGACCGGGUAGACGAUGCAAUCGAGCAAAACGCGGAGCUCGCCCGGAUCAUAGUCAAGUUCGGCCUACGCUCCUUCGGCAUGGUGUCAGGCGAAGAGGAGCCCACCAUGCCCGAGGAAUGGACAGGGAUCGCCAAGUACAACGAUCUGGACAAAGCCCGCAGCACGCUGCGGCAGUUCUACCGCGACUGGUCAGCCGAGGGCGCCGUCGAGCGCGACGCCUGCUACGGGCCCAUCUACGAAGCCCUUGAGGCCGAGAAGACGCGGUACCCGGACCGCGGACCCCUGAAAGUCCUCGUGCCCGGAGCCGGCCUCGGCCGUCUAGUCUUCGACCUCUGCCGCAAGGGCUACAUGAGCGAGGGCAACGAGAUAUCGUACCACCAGCUGCUGGCGUCGUCGUACAUCCUCAACUCGGCGGAGCGGGCGGGCCAGCACACGAUACACCCGUGGAUCCACUCGUUCUCGAACCACCGCAGCCGCGAGAACCAGUCCAAGGGCUACGCGGUGCCGGACAUCCACCCGUCGACGACGCUGGCGGCGACGGUUGGGGUCGGGUCGAUGCAGAUGUGCGCGGCGGAUUUCUUGUGUCUGUACGGCGACGACGCGCACCGCGGCGCCUACGACGCCGUGGCGUGCGUCUUCUUCCUCGACACGGCGCCGAACCUCGUGCGCUACCUCGACGUCAUCUACCGUUGCCUGCGGCCCGGCGGCGUCCUGGUCAACGUCGGGCCGCUCUUGUGGCAUUGGGAGAACCACAUCGCGGGCCACCAGCACGGCUACGACGGCGACGACGGCGACUACGACGAGAGCAACUCGCUGGGCAUUGCGGACCCGGGCAGCUUCGAGCUGACCGACGACGAGGUCAUGGCGCUGGUGGAGAGGAUGGGGUUUGUGGUCGAAGUGCGGCAGACUGGGAUACAUGCCCCGUAUGUGCAGGAUGCGAAUAGCAUGCUGCAGACGGUGUACCGCGCCAGUUAUUGGGUUGCGCGGAAGCCGGACGACGCUGCGGAGGUGAAGACGGAGAAUGGGACCAAGGGCGAGGCCGAGGUCAAGAUGGAUGAUACCGAGGUCAAGGCAGACGAGAGCAAGCUUCAAGGUUGA